AUGCUGGAGCAUAUUAUGUGCAGUGACAUCAUGCGACACUUGGAAGGUAACAAUAUACUCCAUGAUGCCCAGCAUGGUUUUGGUAAGAAGCGUUCUUGUGGGAGUCAGCUAAUACUUACCAUCCAGGACUUAGCUUAUAACAUCGAGUCCAAAGGCCAGGCUGACGUCAUCUUAAUAGACUUUGCAAAGGCCUUCGACAAAGUUCCUCACAAGCGUCUUCUGUAUAAGUUAUACCAUUAUGGGAUUAGACACAGUCAUCUGCAUUGGAUCAAAGACUUCCUUGUAGGCCGGUCCCAACAAAUGUUACUGGAGGGCGUUACAUUAUCUACAGCCCCAGUUGAGUCCCCCAGGGUAGUCUGCUUAGACCAUUCCUGUUGUUUAUUAAUGACCUACCAGAUUGUGUCUCAGAGGGAUCUACAGCAAGAUUAUUUGCAGAUGACUGUGCCCUCUACAGGAAUAUCAGAAAGGAGAAGGACGCCAUCAAGCUUCAAGAAGACCUAG